AUGGGAGGUGUGGUCGCCUGGGCGGGUGGUGUGGUGCGGCGGACAGGCACUGGCGCUGGUGCUGGCGCUGACGCUGGCACAUCGCUGCAGAUUGAUGCAGAUGCGGGGAUGGAGGAGCGACAGUCAGCGCCUGGUGGUGGUGGAGGCGGUGCCCAAGUCCUCCCAGCCACCGGUACAUCCAGUACCUGUGGCUGCCAGGAUAAACCCUCACUUAUCAGCCUGGUUCAGACGAAUUGCGCAACCCCGACAGGGACUGGUUUCACCCGGACCCAGCGAUGCGCAAUCGGUGUCGUCCUCGUAUUCAACCCCAGCUUUGCUGUUACGAGGAAGACCAGCCUUGCUGUACGAGGAAGAAGACCCCGCUGA